GGGUUGAGCUGCGCGCUGCAGAGGGCGGGAAGGGCUCAAGACGCCUUCUGAGCAUGCGCGGCUCAACAGGGGAAUCUGUUUUGCAAAGCUCCGAUCUGCGGCUCAGGGCGACCCUUCACCUAGAGUGGAGCACCCAUGGGACACUACUCGAAGAAGAAUCAUCAUUUUUGACAACCUCUGAUGUUUAGCAUUUCUGCUCCCUGAUCAAAUUGCAACAUACUUGGAAAACAAUAAGAAGAACACCAGAUUUGAGAAGCAGCACAAAACAUACCAGGUAUUUUAAAAUGGCAAAGAAGUCACUGUUGAUUGAUGCUGACUGUGGAGUUGAUGAUGCUCAAGCCCUAAUGAUGGCUUUAGUAUCUUCCAAUGUUGAAAUCCUGGGAAUUACAUGUUGCUAUGGAAACACACAGUUGGAAAAUGUCUGCAAAAAUGUACUUCGUGUGCUACAAGUUUGUAACAGGCUUGAGAUUCCAGUUUAUCAAGGGGCUUCCGCUCCUUUACUUGGUGGUCCUGUGGAAGGCUCUUUGUUUCAUGGAAGAGAUGGUUUGGGUGAUGUACCUGAUCCGAAUGCUCCAGGAUUAGAGCAUCUACAGAAAGAACAUGCCGUGAUUGCAAUGUUAAGACUUGUCAAUGAGAAGCCUGGUCAGAUUUCGCUAGUUGCCACUGGUCCUUUGACUAAUCUAGCUUUGGCAGUGAAAUUGGAUCCAACAUUUCCUAAGAAGCUUAAAAAUAUAUUCAUCAUGGGAGGAAAUACGGAAUCCAGAGGAAAUACUACAGUCUGUGGAGAAUUCAAUUUUACUACUGAUCCAGAAGCUGCAUAUAUUGUUUUAAAUGAGUUCACUUGCCCUACUUACAUAGCAACAUGGGAAUUUACAUGUCGCAAUUCACUGUCUUGGGAAUUCUAUCAUGAGUGGGUUAAUCAGGACACCAGAAAAGCAAAGUUCAUGAAGAAAAUAUUUGCUCACACUAUAAAAUACAUUGACUCAUUACGCAAAAAAUCAGUCAACCACUUAGAGGCUUCAGGAUUUGUGUCUUGUGAUUCCUAUGCUAUGGCUGCUGCAAUUGAUGAGAACUUUAUCACAGAAUCCAUAAAAGCUCCUUUAAGUGUGGAGCUCAAUGGUUCGCUAACUAGAGGAAUGAUGGUAAUGGAUAUGACUGGUCACCUUGAGAAGGAAAAUAAAGCUUUUGUCAUUAGUAAGUGUGACUUAGAAAAGUUCAAGGCACUUCUCAUUGCUGCUUUAGAAUAACAUUUUGCUGUUGGAUAAAUUUCCCAAUCUUGUUAAUCUUCAACUGUGACUGUAAGUCUAGUUAUUCCAGUGGUACAGAUAACUUUAGAUUCAUAGCUACUGUCACAAACUGCAUACACUUAUUUUUAAUUAACUUUUAUUACCACCAAAUUUGGAUCCAAUGUACCCCAAUAAUGAUUUGCCUAGAACUAUAAACUAAUUGUCAAUUUGGCCUGCUGUAAUGGGAGGUGGCCUGUCCUAAGAGGAAUUGUCGGAGUUUUAUCAUGGAGUUUGUUUCUGGUCUUCCGAGAACUCCCUAGAACAGAUUAGCUCUGUUAACCCUUGGAUAUAACCUUCCACAUAAAGGAUUGAUAUUCAAGCAGUAAUUAUUUGAAAAGAAAGCAAUAUUUGUUUAAUGAAAAGAAUCAGUUAUAAUAUAUUUAAUAAUCAAGAAUAUCUAUGAUACAUGACACACAACAUAGUCUAAAUUCAAUGGAAUUAUGUUAACAAAACAUGUAGAUGGUAUCAUGAGCUUUCAUGGGCACAGCCCACUUCUUCAGAUGACUGGCGUUAUGAGUAGGGAAUAUGAAAACUGGAAAUUAAUAGGAGAGGGGAAGAGAAGGAAAAAGGAAGGGGGGGAGAGUAUGAGAGGGGGAACAAGGCAUCAUUAAGUGUUUGGAGAAUGGGUAAUUAAACCUAAGCAGAUAAAAAUCAAAGUCAAUAGAUAGAUUGCUAAGACAGGAAGGAUACCACUCAGAGAGCUGUUAGCACCUUCAGUGGUUAUUAAGUAGGUAGUGUCCUA